AUGCAUAAUUUAUUAAAAAUAAAGUAUUAUUUAUGCCUUACAUUAUUUAAUACACUAUGUAUAAUAAAUCGUAGUAUAAGAGUAUACUAUAACUUAUUAUUAAUUGAUCAUAAAGUAAUAAGUUAUGCCAUAGGACCAAUACUUAAUACACUAUGUGCAAUAAGUUAUAACAUAGCACAGUACUUAUUAUACUAUGUGUAA